AGUCUUUGUGGAACUUUUGAGUAGAAAUGUUGCUUAAAAUUUUAAUUGGGCUAAGUUUGGCAGUGCUUUGUGAAUCACAGCUGAUUGUUCAGACUCAAUAUGGACCAAUUAGAGGUGCACAAUUGAGAUCAGGGUUGGAUAAAGUUUAUUAUAGUUUCCAAAGGAUCCCGUUCAUGCAACCUCCAGUAGGAAGACUUAGAUUUCGAGAUGCAGAGAUCCCCAACAAUUGGACAGAACCGUUAGAUUGCACACAGCAAGGACCACGGUUUCCUCAAGUUGAUUUCACAUUUGAACCAACAAAUGCUUCAUUUUCUGGUGACUUGGACUCAAUGCACAUUAAUGUCUACACGAAUAAUUUGAAUCCACAGCAAAAGUAUCCAGUAAUGGUAUUUAUACAUGGUGGAGGAUUCAGGACUGGUUCUGGCUUAACUGAUAUUUACGGUCCUGACUAUUUUGUGGAAAGAAAUGUUAUUUUAGUGACAUUUAAUUAUCGACUUUAUGCUUUUGGAUUCUUGAGUUUGGAUGAUCCAGAACUUAACAUUCCUGGAAAUGCAGGUUUUAAGGAUCAAGUUUUAGCUUUAAAAUGGAUAAAAGAUAAUAUUGAGAAUUUUGGAGGUGAUUCCAAUAACAUCACAAUAUUUGGUCAAAGCAGCGGUGGUGGAUGUUCUCAUUAUCAUAUCCUGUCUCCAUUAUCAAAAGACUUAUUCCAAAGAUCAAUCAUCAUGUCUGGCUCUGCAUUUAAUCCUAUGUAUGGAGCUAUUCCAAGAAGAAAUUGGGCAUAUCGUCUAGCAAAGCAGCUCAAUGACUCAAUAUCUGAAAACGAAAAGGAAAUCCUUGAAUUUUUGGAACAAGCUGAACCAGAAGCUAUUUUCAAUGGUGUUAAUGCAAUCAUGACCCCAUACGAACGAAAUGUCGAGAGACUUUUAAAUGCUUUCGGACCAGUCAUUGAACCGUACGAUAAUGGAAAUGCCUUUAUGCUUAGUCAUCCUGAAAUAUUGGCUGAAAAUAGUUGGGGAAAUGACGUUGACAUUAUGAUUGGUGGCACUUCCUUUGAAAAUGCCCAACUCGUUAAUUUAUUCUUACAAUUGCCAUUUAUGGUUGAAGCAAACUCAAAUUUCACUAGCUUUGUUCCAUAUCAAUUGGAUCAUUUAUCAAUAAGUGAGCGUCAACAUUUUGGCGAUAGACUAAAGGAAAUGUAUUAUGGAAUGAUGAAUCCUUCACCGACUAAUUUUGACCCAACGAUUAUUCUUACAAAUGAUUUUGCAUUUUGGCAUAUCAUCGAUCGAGUAGUUAUGCAAAGAAUUAACUCACGUGGAACUGGACAAACCUUUGUUUACCGUUUUGAUAUAAAUGAUGCAAAUAAUUGCUUCCGUGCUAGACAGAGGGUAGAUUCUAGGUGGCAUGGACAUCUUCGAGCAAUUCAUAUGGAUGAUCUUUGUUAUUUGUUCAAACCUAGCUUUGUGGAUACAUCUUUGUUGGCAGAGCAUUCGCUUGAUCUUAUUGAUCACAUGACAUCAUUAUUCACAACUUUUGGAUCAACUGGAAGACCAGUCAUGGGUUCAUGGAAUUCAUCGAUUAGUUUAGAAACAACCCUUUUUGGAUACAAUAUUCGAGAGAAUCUUACGUUAGCAACGUUCAAUGAACUGCCUGAAAUGUCAAGAAUGAAGGUUUGGAGGGAGAUGUACAGAAGCAACUCUUAUUUCCUUUCAAUUAAUGUCAUUUUAUUGUUAAUUUCAGUAAUUUUUUCAAUUUUAAAUUAAGAUUCUAAAAUAAAGCUCAACGGUUUUUGUAAAUUUGAA